GACGAGUCGGCGAAGAGGCCGAGUCAGCCGGUAGCGCGGCUUUCUCAUUCCCGAUAAAACCGUCCGGACACCUGCCGCUAUCUACAGUUCGCUCUGUUCCGCCGGAGACUUGGUAUUGGUUCGGUUUUCAAAGCGUGAUAAGCCCCCGAGUAAGAAAUUGAGAUUUCAUCAAUUUCGAUAAGUGUUUAGUUCGUUCAAAAGUGCGUUAUAAUGCAGAAGGAAACAGACUGGAAAAUGAUCUUCAAUUGGUCCUUCUUCGUGGUCCUCUCGGUGCUCUUGAGGACGUCUCAAGCUCUCCUCACUGCUCCCUUACCAGAAUUCACACAUGGUAUCUCGAACAUCGAUAGUAUGGUGACAGACGACGAUCUGAUCAGAGAUCAAAUGUCCCGACAGCAAGUUGUCAGUGAAGACGAGAUCCUCGGGACGAAUAACCGAACGAAGGAAACGGUUUACGUAAUCGAAUUUGAAACUGAACCAGAUGAGAAAGAAGAAGUUCCAAGAAAAAGGGGCAAAGAUGGUACUCUUGUUGUCGGAGAAUCGCAGAGCCCCCUGGACCCGUGGUCGAUCGUCUGGUACAUCGGCUCAUUUGGUGGUCUGGUGGCAUUUUUCCUGAUAGUGAGCUGUUCCGAAUGGUGCUGUCGACGAGGGGCCAGGCCCAUCACUGUACCCUACAUUCAACGAGGAGAGGUCAUUAGCAGUGCUCAAGGAGUGACCGAGACUCCGCCACCUCCUUAUCACCUUUUUGCACCUCCGCCUUAUGAUUCGAUCAAUUAUGCCGACCUCACUGAUAAGGCUUCGGGAGAGAAGCUCGACAUUUAUGUGAUAUCAAUGCCUAUUCAGAGCCCAGUGAACCAAGUGCCAGCGUAAAAACCCACACGACAAUCCUCUGAACGAGGAUGACCCAUCAACUGUUAAAUGACACCGAAAGUGUCGACUCUCUGAUACCGUUUUCUGGAUCUCAAUAAAAAAAAAAGAACUUUUCGAUCUUCCUGAACGAGGCAAUAUCGAGAGGUUUCAAAUCCAUAAGAUCUAGAACUAUACGACCUCAAAGUGAUGAGUCCAAGAUUUCUGAAGAAUGAUGACGAAAGAUGAAAGGGAGAUUAUAGAUUAGGGAGACGAUUACAUGUAUGGGUGCACUAUCGUCGGAAAAAAUCACUGAUAACUUUGAAACGUGAUAACUCGGUCGGAAGUAUUAAUAGACACAUGAGGUUUAGUGGAGAUAUACCUUGAUAUCUUGUCUUUAAUUUAAGCCGGAAAAACUUAAAAACUAUUAACGGGUUCGUGAGUUAUGAAUAAAAAUGUGGAAGCGUUGCGUCGAGUUUCAGUAGCCAGGCCAGUAGAUGAGUAAAGUGGGUUCUAACGCGAGAGUCCUACCCUACCGGCAUCGAGAAGUUUCCACCUGUAGUGGUUCGUGUCCGUGCUAAAGUUUCUAGAAAAAAAGGGGUUCGUAUCCGUGCUAAGCUUUCAGAUCGUUCUUGAAGGGCCUUACUCAUCUACUGAAGCCGUUUAACACGCUUGGAUAUUUGUAAUAAUAUCUCGGGAACCAGUUAGGACUUUUCAGUUCUGAUUGGCUUAAAUUAAAGUCAAAGUCUCAACGUUUAUGUCCUCUUUAUCUCGAAUUUUUGCUACAUUUUUUUAGGUCUUGACAGGAGUUGUUAAACAAAAUUCGAGAAGGUCAGAAAUAUCUCGAUAAGCUUCAUUCUCGACCGAGUUAUCGUUCUUAAAAGUUGAAAAGGGACAUUUUGUUUUCUAACAAAAAGUCAAGAGCCCAAAAUUGUAUCACGAAUGACUUUUUGAGAUUCCAUUCUGAAAGUAGAAAUAGUGCAAAUGUGGAAAAACUCUUCUUCGAUGCAAAAAUUGUCGAUAUUUCCAUUUUUGUCUUCAAUUUUGCAAUGAUUAUUAGCAACAAUUUUGUAAAAUUUAGGUAAUAUUUUCUCAAUAAAACUUGAGAGGUGAUGAAUUUGAAACCUGGGUUCGUCAAGCGAAGAUAAACUCGCGAUAGUGACUUCAAUAAAAA